AUGGUUGCCGUUGGCUCAGAUGGAUUGGGCGAAGGCCUCGGCUCACCAUCUAACGACCCCGAUGACUCCAUGCUGAGCUGUCCUCCGUCCUGUGACGAA